ACGAUAUAGAAGAAUUCCGCAUAUCUCCUCUUCAUACAAUCUGGAAAAUGUCCUAUUGGCUGAAGAGAAGGCCCCAUCCUUUGAGGCGAUAGCAUUGGGCUUUUGGCGAUAAUGAUAACAUGCUUGGAUUCUCCGUUCUAAGUCGGUCGAGAAAGAACUGUCUCACGUUCAUGUCUGUCACCCGCGAGGAUGCCUAACUUCUUCAUCGCCAUUAUCAGCGCUCUGGCAAUACAAACAUACGCAGCAUGCACGCGCGAAGUCCUCAAAGCAGUGACUGAUGAGCUCUUCGCUGCCCAAACCGCCGGACAGACGAAUUUUAACUCUCUGUCAAGUACCGUCGCAUAUACGGAGAACCGCAAGAGUGUUGAUAUCAAGACCGGCAUCCUCUCCAAAUCCAUGAAAAUUGAUCAUGCUCGAUCCCAACACGACACUACUCAAUGUGCCGCCUUCAGCGAAUUCAUUGUCACCGAUACCGCUGCACCCUAUGUGAUCGCAACGCAACUACGACUCGACAACUCCACCAAAGUCUCGCAAAUCGACACAAUCUGGACGAGCAAGGGAGACUGGCUCUUCAACGUCACGGGAACAUACUAUUGGGCUACUCACGAGAAAUGGGACGCCAUCCCUGCUGAGAAACGUGACUCCCGUGCUGUCAUCAAAGCAGCAGGAGACGCUUACGCCGACCUGUUCAACAACAAAAGCGUCAAGGUACCAUGGGGCUCGCCAUGCGCACGUCUGGAAGGCGGUGCGUAUACGGGUAAGGGUGAGGCGACAGACAGGUGUGAUGUUGGUGUGCCUAGUGGCGUGCCGCUGGUUAAUAGGCAAUAUGUUAUUGACGAGGAGUAUGGCACUGUUGAUAUCAUCAUGGAUUUUGGAGGCGUUCAAGGUCAGGUUGGGGCUGAUGGAUUGCCGGACAGUCACGAGUUUAGGGUUGAGGGAGGGAAGUUGAGAUACGUGCAUACGCUAUCGAGUUGUGGGGGGAAGGCGUGUAUGUAGUCUUUCUUGCCCUCAAUGGUGAGGUUGCAAAAUAACAUGAAGACUUGAGGUUAUGAGAAAAACAGACGUCAUUUCGUAGGAAAUAGAAGAUUUCAGUUUGAUCUAGACUUUUCCCCAGAGAGUUAUGGUUUU